AUGUGUUGCACUUUUAUUGCACAAUAUUUAUGCUUUGAUGGUAAAUAUCAGAGUUUCCGAAACAACAAAUGGUAUUUGUUUAAAAUUGAUAGGAAUGCUGAAAAGGUUGAAAACUGCGGUUUGAAUCAAGGUGAUGAUAAGAAAUCUCCCAGAAAUUCAAGAAAUCACACAGGCAAGUCAUCAUUAUCGAUACUAUCUGGCAGCUUAACCCUUCAGUUGCAUUGUUUUAGCGUUCCUGUAUGCAUUCCCCUGGCUAAACAAUUUGUCAAAUAUAGACCAAUUUUAGAAAUCAAAAGUGAGGCAUUUUAUAAUGCCUCUAAGAAUAUUUCAAUGAUAAAGACGAAGUGA